GUGCCUCGCUGGGCAGGUUUCAAGCCCAAGCCUCAAAACUAAGAAUCCAGUCGACUCAGGAGCAGCGAACUGAAUUAACAACGCGACUGUAAUCAGGUUGCCAACUUGUCACUGCAUAACCAAAUUGCGGCAUGUCUCCUGAACUUGCGCCAGGAUGAUGGCUGCAGCCUCAAUAUUACCUCUGGUCACCCUGGCGCGAAGGACCACUGGUGAGUCAAGCCAAGCCAAGACACACGACGCGGAUCGCCCGCGCACGGCCAAGCUCAGAGUUUCGACGGAGAUGGUGUCUGGCGUCUUGAUCUUAGCCGAGACAUGGGGAAGCGCGCUCUUGGGACGACACGGGCUGCCCCGAUCAAUGGGACAUGCCCAGAUCAACAAAAGAAGCUAAUCUUGUCGCGUCUGACGGUUGGCCCUGUCCCGCAAUUGCGGAAGAGCCUGCCGCUUAAGCUUCAAAACAAGGUGCCCCCAUAUAUGCAUGCGUGCCGAAUGCUUGGCGAGGCGGCGGCAUUUGGCAUGUUCUCAGUGCUCCGGCUGGACGGGCCUGCGAAGCACAGUCCUUCUACUGGCCGCCAAAGUACGAGCGAGCUCUGCGCCUCGCUGGAUCGUUCUUUCAAGAUUUCUUCUCCAUACGACGAGUCCAGACUGACGCUCAUGUGGCGCUUCAAAUAUGCUCUUCAGAUGCCUUCACCCCAGCCAACCACAGUAUGUGCAAAUUCGUGCAGCCGGAGAGGGCUCUCAGGGACUCGGAUAUCGCAGGCCAUUCUACGCAUGUUGGCCGCGUUCAGGUCUAUUUUGGAAGCAAAUACAGCUCGCAGUCAUUUUGCACUAUCUCAGCUGGUCGGAGACACGGCAACAUCAACCUGUCUAGUCUUCAUGUUGACUCUUGACUCCUUGAGCUACUACUCAAUAUUAAUGCUCCACAAACCCCAGGCCAUGUGCUUCUCGCUUAGCUGGG